AUGGUGCCGAGCCAAGCAACAGAGCUCGGCCAGCUCAAAGGAUCGAUGUCGGUCUUGCGGCUUGCGUUCUUGUUUUGCGUCGCUUUCAUCACUUAUUCGCAGCUCGAGCAACUUCGCAGCCUUCGCUUUUGGUCACGUUCGUCUCAGCUGUCUGCCACCCGGCUCCAGGCGAACCUCGAGACCUGCAAGAAGCUGCAGCGAAGACCCGAAGACCCCAAAGGCCUCGGUCGCGAAAGGAAUGGUCGUUUCGUUGACGGAACUAAGCCCACCCUCAUCCGCAAUGCCACGGUCUGGGUUGGCGAGCCUGCUGAAGGCACAAGCGAAGAGGAUGCCCGUGCUGGCAAGGGCUACGCAUGGAUCAAGACCGACGUGUUCCUAACCUCGGGCAUCAUCGACAUGCACAGCCAUGCCGGUGUGGACUCCCUUCCCUCCAUCCGCGGAAAUGAGGACACCAACGAGAUGUCGGACGAUAUCACCCCUUACGUACGAUCCUGGGAUGCUAUCCAGCCUCUGGAUCAUCAGAUCCAGGUCAUCAAGUCUGGCGGCGUGACCACAAGCUUGGUGCUCCCCGGCUCUGGUAACAACAUUGGCGGCGAGGCCUUUCUCAUCAAGCACGCCGUCGGAAAGCAAGACGGCCGCAGCGAACUAAGCAUUGAGGACAUGUUUGCCGAUCCCGAACGCAACUGGCGAUACAUGAAGAUGGCAUGUGGCGAGAAUGCGAAGCGCGUGUACGGCAAGGUCGGUCGCGGGCCCUUUAGCCGCAUGGGCGAGUCUUGGUACUUCCGUCACGCCUUCGAGGAGGCUACCAAGCUCGUGAGGGAUCAGGACGACUGGUGCGCCAAGGCUGAGGCUAUAGGCGCCGAGAACAUGCCCCAAUAUCUCCCCGAGGAGCUCAAGUGGGAAUCGCUCGGUGCCGUUCUCCGAGGACAGGUGCACGUCAACACCCACUGCUACACAGUGCCCGACCUGGAAAGCUUUGUGGAUCACACCAACGAGUUCAAGUUUUCCGUCCGGGCCUUCCACCACGCCCACAGUACUUUUCUCGUUCCCGAGGUCCUAAGACGGGCUUGGGGCAACACCCCCGCCUCCGCCUUGUUUGCCGAUAACAUGUACUACAAGGCCGAGUCCUUCGUCGGCUCAGAGUAUGCCGGCAAGAUUUUGUGGGACCAUGGUCUCGAGACCGUCUACGUUAGUGAUAACCCCGUCCUCAACGCCCAGCACGUCGUUUUUGAGGCGGCCAAAGGCUACAAGUACGGUCUUCCCUACCAUGCCGCCCUGUCCAGCGUGACGUCGAUCCCGGCGCGCCUUCUUGGCAUGGGGGAGAGGCUGGGCAAGGUCAAGCCCGGGUUCGACGCCGAUAUCGUCGUCUGGGAUAGCGAUCCGCUUAGCGUUGGAGCAGCCCCCGUUCAGGUUUGGAUCGAUGGCAUCUCCCAGUUUGAGGAUCCGGUGGAGCUAAAGAAGCCGGCAUCGGAUCCCAUCAAGCCAGACGAGAGCCUCGGCAACAUUCCCGAAGACGUCCCAGUCAACUAUAAAGAUGUCGUCUUCACCGGUGUAGCCAACGUUUGGCUCUCUGGUCGGGCAACGGCCUUUGGGUCCCUCAACGUCGUGGUAACGGACGGCAAGCUUUCCUGCUUUGGCAGAUGUGAGGCUGAGUUGCGCGCGGCUGCCGAAGCGGAUGUCAAGAUGGUCAAUCUCAAGAAUGGAGCCUUGACCAAUGGUCUAACUGCUUUUGGAUCCCUGAUUGGCCUCAAUGACAUCGACGCGGAGCGCGACACCGACAACGGCGCAAGCGGCGGUAGCGCUUUUAGCCGUGCCCUCGACGGCCUCGCCCUUGAUAGCAAGAAGCUCCACGUUGCGAACCAGUACGGCAUCACCAAGGCUAUUACUGCGCCGAAUCACUCGGGAGGCAUCUCUCGUCACGGAACCGCAGUCGGUUCACUACAGCCUCACUCUCGACGCCAAGUCUGGCGAUACCCCUUCCAUCUCGAGCGCCGUCGGUGCAUUAAGAUCAAGCUCCUCGAAGCCAUUACCAACUCGGAGGAGAAAAUCACGGACCCGUACUCGGAAAAGGCCUUCCUCAGAAAGGUUGUCAAGGGAGAGUUGGCCCUUGUGCUCUCGGCCCACAGCGCCAACACCUUGGCGGCCAUCAUCAGACUCAAGUCGGACGUCGAGAAGGCCAUUGCCGAUGCGAGCUCCAGCCAAACCCACCCUAAGCUCCGGGUUGCCAUCCUUGGCGGUGCCGAGUCGCACAUUGUCGCCAAGGAGCUCGGCGAAGCGGAGGUGGGCGUCGUCCUUGCCCCGCUUCUCCCGUAUAGCACUACAUGGGAAGAGAGGCGCUCCCUCACAGGUGCACCGCUGACGAACGGCACCGCCAUCGACGCUCUGGUCGAGGCCGGCGUUGUCGUGGCCAUUGGGCUCUACGAAGACUGGGUUGUGCGUGACCUCGCGCUGCACGCGGGCAUUGCGUAUCGCAAUAGUGAGGGCCGUCUCAGCGAGAGGGAAGCACUGGAUCUUGUCUCUACCAAUGUUUACAAGCUCCUGGGCAUCGACGAGCCAGAGGGCCGCGGUACCACGGAUUUUGUUGUGUUUGACGGCCAUCCGCUCGAGAUUGGAUCGCGCAUCAAGGCGGUCGGCCUUGGUACUUCGGUAGAUGUGAUGGUGUAG